ACAAACGAGGUGGAUGGGGGGUACAGGGCCUAAGACUCUGGUCUUUCCUCCCUUCUUCCUCUGGAUCUCCCAAGUUUCCGGUUUGGCCGGCCACAGGUUGGGGUGCGGAGACCUCCGGGCCUGCAGGGGGCGCCUGGUGCAGCGGAGCGCCCUAAUCUUGGGCAGGGCCGGGGCUGCGCAGUCAUGAUCACUGCCAAGGCCUCGGCGGACUCCGCCGUCCCCUCGGUGCAUGGUACUGCGGUGGCCACCGGUGUCCCGGAGCGCGAGGAGCCAGAGUGGCCCUGGAAAGAUGCCCCGAUCCGGGCGCUGGUGCAGCGCAUCCACCAGUUGCAGGCUGAGCGCGCGCAGGCCUUCCGCCGGCUGGAGGACCUCAGGACCCCCACCUGCCGCAGAGGCCACCUCCAGUACCUGCGAAGCGGCCCGCCCUACGACUUCCCCCGCUACCGGAGCACGGUGCACGAGGUGACCCAGGCCUUCGCCGCCGCCUCGCGGGAGGUGCUGGCGGUGGAGGCCGAGCUGUCUGGGCCCAGAGGGCAGCCGCUGCUCGCGAGCCACGUGCGAAGCCUGCAACAGCUGGAGCAGACGCGCCUGGCAACGGUGGCCCUGCUGCAGCUGAUGGGGACGCCAGAGCUGACUGGGCAGGAAGACACCCUGGAGACGCACCAGCUGAAGAUGAAGGUAAUUAAAACCAUGGAAGCGAUCAGCGAGGUUCUUCAGGACCUUAGGUUUGAUGCAGAAUCUGCUGAGUGAUGGUGGCUCCCCAGUGACACACCAAGGGAUAUGGGAAAUGUCCCCAAGCCUACCCCUUGACUGUCAGCUGGCUGGGGUCACGCUCCACCAGGUCGCCGACUGCCCUUGAGUUUGCUGCACCUCCCACAAUAAAGAACCCUUCGUCUGUAGCUGCUCCACUGUCUCUG